AUGGUCAGCCUCACCACCUCGGACAACGAGCAGUUCACCGUCGACAAGGACGUCGCAGAGCGCUCCGUUCUCAUCAAGCAGAUGCUCGAGGACAUUGGCGAUACCGACCAACCCAUCCCUCUGCCCAAUGUCUCGUCUAACGUUCUCAAAAAGGUGCUCGAGUACUGCGCCCACCACCGCAACGACCCCCCUCCGCCCGCCGACGACGCCGAAGAGUCGCGAAGGAGGACCACCGACAUCUCGGAAUGGGACUCCAAGUUUAUCCAGGUCGACCAGGAGAUGCUCUUUGAAAUCAUCCUCGCCGCAAACUACCUCGACAUCAAGCCCCUCCUCGACGUCGGCUGCAAGACUGUCGCCAACAUGAUCAAGGGCAAGACGCCCGAAGAGAUCCGCAAAGUCUUCAACAUCCAGAACGACUUCAGCCCCGAGGAGGAGGCGCAGAUCAGGAAGGAGAACGAAUGGGCCGAGGACCGCUAA